AUGCAUUGCCACGCGGAGCUGCGGCUGAGCUCGCCCGGCCAGCUCAAAGCAGCCAGGCGGCGCUACAAGACUUUCAUGAUUGACGAGAUCCUUUCCAAGGAGACCUGCGAUUACUUUGAGAAACUUUCCCUCUACUCCGUGUGCCCGUCGCUGGUCGUGCGACCCAAGCCCCUGCAUUCCUGUACCGGCCCUGCUUCCCUUCGGGCAUACCCUCUCCUCUCAGUGAUCACCCGGCAGCCCGCGGUCAUCUCCCACCUGGUCCCUGCCCCCCCGGGAGCUGCCCAGGCCUUGUCCUGCCACCCGGCCCCCGAGGCCUCGUCCAACGAGGCCCCAGGGGGUGAGGCUCUGGGCAGCAGUGAGUCAGAGACAGAGCAGCCCACGCCGCGGCAGAAGAAGCCCCGCCGGAGCCGUACCAUCUUCACCGAGCUGCAGCUCAUGGGCCUGGAGAAGAAGUUCCAGAAGCAGAAGUACUUGUCCACUCCGGACAGGUUGGACUUGGCCCAAUCUCUAGGACUCACUCAACUGCAGGUGAAGACUUGGUAUCAGAACCGCAGAAUGAAGUGGAAGAAAAUGGUUCUUAAAGGUGGACAGGAAGCACCUACAAAACCCAAAGGUCGUCCCAAGAAGAACUCCAUCCCCACAUCAGAAGAGAUUGAAGCUGAAGAGAAAAUGCACAGCCAGGCCCAGAGCCAGGAGCGCCUUGCACCCUCCCAGGGACAGGAGGAGCUCUGUGACCCACAGGAAUCGGAAGCAUGCGAUGUCUCCGUAGAGGUGGCAGAGCCCCCCGGCCAGGCCCAGGAGUUGCCAGUAGCCUCUUCGGAACCCCCACCAUCAAGCUAAAAUAAAAACUCAAUUGGGGGAAGGGGAAGAUGGGGAGGAAUGGAAAGAGGGAAGUCAGGGAGAAUAGAGAGAGAUACGCUCCCCAAAGCCUGGUAAACUUGGCGAGAAGAGAUCCACGUCUCCCAGCCCCCACGGGUCUCAGUGGUUUUCAUCACAAGCAUUUGAUGAAGACCUGCUUGCCUUAGGCCUUUCUCUUCCUGAAAGGCUGUUUUAGCCACGGGAUGCCCUUGAUGAAGGGAGACAGUGCCUUGGAACUGCCUGCCCCUGCUGGGGCGAGGGCUGCGGGGCUGGGUACCAGAGCCCACCCCGGGGCUG